AUGAUUUCCAUGCAGCGUUCUCUUUCUUCGCCCGUCCGCAUAGUAUCUGCUCCUGCCUCCCAAGAUGGCGCGAACCCUCCCCGACCCCCGACUCCUCCCUCCGAAAAUUACAAUACCUCCUUCAGAUCCCGCCGUCAGCGAUCCCCUAGCCCUGCUCCAGUUACUGACGGUGUGAACCUGCCUGUUCGCCGAAGCGAAGACUUGCCGCGACGAGCAUCGCACCAAAAGCCUGUCAUAGCACAGGCUGUUACGCCUACUGCGACGUCGCCCGUCAAGGCCAACAUGGAUUCAUCCUCGGAGAAUGCGCCCGCCGUGACCCCGGGGAACACAGCUUCACCAGCCAUUCCCCAGGCUCUACUCCCAGACCCUUCCCUGUACACGAACCCUCACAUGGCACCCGAACCUGACACCACAACUCUGGAAGAACUCGCACAUUUGGUUAGACUGUCAAAAUACCAGGAGCGCAAGCGCGCGAACACAAGGAUCCGUCUCCAGAGAAAUCUCAUCUCCACAGCCCUCUCUGCCCGCUUGAACCGUUGCGGUGAGAUUGCCCGGAAGAACUUGGUUGACUGCUUCCGAUCCGAUGACAAGAAGACUUUCUCUACUCUGUUUAAUGCUAUUCACGACGUGCGCAAAAGCUGCGACGAACUGCGCCGCUAUGCGCUCUUGGAACCUGAAUUGGAGUCACUGCAGUCACCAGCGUUGGCCUCCUCCGAAAGUAUAGAAACACCGCCGAAAUCGACUUCGGGAGCAAGUUCUCUUGGCUCCAUCGCUCCUUUUCUUUCUGAGCUGCCAGCAUCAGUCCGGGAGAUUUUUCUUAACUUCUUGACGCAGAUCCGGACAAACCCGGAUUAUUUGGCUACAAGGUUAUGUUCCCUAACACCAGCAGAGUUAAACGCCUUCACCAGUUUCCACCAAGGUCUGGAGCCUGUUGAGUCUGUUCUACCCUACCAUGGCCGCUCUACCGCCCGGAGUCAUGUUGGCUCCAGCACUCGAACGCCUUCCCAUCUACCUACCGCUAUCGAGCGCCUGCUCUCCUUCCAGCGACACGACCCCCUGUCUGCCUUGGUACAUACAUGUUUUGCCAACUCUGCCGGCCCCGAUAGCGCUGAAGACCGAAGAAGGACGGAGAUUUGGGGAACCGCCCUGGCUAGACUCAUCACAGAGUCCAAAUCUGCUAGUGAACCUAUGCUGACAUCCGUCCUCAAUGUUUGGACCGCUAUGCGUGACUGGUCCGGAAAAUCUAACAUGGAGUGGUACCUGAUGAAAAUUCUCGAGGAUGGUGCUUUUCUCCUGGACAAGGCCGAGGACCAGCAUGGAACCCGAUUUAACCUGGCGGAUUGGACAGCCAAAGACAGUAUUGCUGCCGAGGAGUUUUAUGACAGGGCCGUCAACGAGCUUUUCGAGAUUAUCGACGACGAGGACGCUACAGGUAUUCCCGAGGGUCUUAUCGAGCUGGGCAACGCCAUUUUGAAGAAGCUUGACAGCAAGCUUGUCGAGGGCACACGGAACUGGUUUGUUUACAAAUGGCUGUUCUCAGUCUUUCUCCUUGGUGUCGUCAUCCACCCAGAAAGCCAUGGUCUCAUGGGUGAGUACCAUAUCACCGAAUAUGGGCGACAGAAGAUCCUCAAACAAGUUGCCAUGAGGGCUCAACAACUGGUCGUGGAUAUUACCUGGAACAAAAAGGGCACUGUUUCCACCCCGCCCAAGAUCCAAGAACAUGUUGAGAGUAUCUUGAACCGAUUCAAAGGAUCGCGGUCUCAAAGGCCCCCACCGAGGCUGCUGCCCGCUCGCUCCAUAACAUCUCUCCGAGAGACCGUUGAGGUACACCCGUACCUAGUUGUCAGCCCAGCUGAUUUGGUCACUCUGGUAAACGCUCUAUUCCCUGAGCGCCGGCCCAUGUCAGCCCAAUCCAGCGGCUUGAGAUCCGGAGCCCCGUCAAUAUCUGGAUUUUCGGCAAUCUCCCAGCCCAUAUCCAUGGGAGGUACCCGACACAACUUUGAAACGGCCUCAAUCCUGAGCACAAGCGCUUCAUCCGUUCUCAGCGAUGCCACCACAUCUAGGGAGACAAACUUGGAGGAGCAAAGAACAGGCUCACCUCAGCGAUACUCGCCGCCUGUGUUAGACCCCUUAUCACAGCGGCGUCUCAGCAAUUAUGAAGAUGAUGGCUACCGCCUUCGCUUUGCCUUGCGAGAGAUGAGUGCCCAAGUCGGCAUGGACGUUAUCCAAGGCUCCUGUCAUCCUUGUGCUGAAAGAUGGGCUGUUUUGUUCAUAUCUGCAGACGGCAACAGCUUGUCUAGUCAAAUGACCUAUGACCCAGAAGAGGACAUUGAGGAGGAAGAAAACUCGUCAACGAGCGACACAGAUGAUGACGAGAUUGAUGACAAGCCCGAGUUAGACAAGGAUUAUCAUCAGCUCCGUGACUCUAUCCUGAAGCUCGUCCAAGACUAUGAAAUUCCCCAAAGCAUCGAGCCUGAAGGCAAUCGGGCUCAGUUCAGUAACAGAGCUACUGGAAUCAAAAAGUACCGAUCGAAGAACAAGAUUAUUACAGCUGAAAAGUCCACGCCAAGCAGAAACCCUUACCGUCGACGUGAGACGGAAACGCAAACAAGCCAAAGCGACGCGCAAGACAAAGAGGGCUCUUCAACGCAAGACGCAGACAAGACACCGAAACAAGAAGAAGAGCCACCAUCUGUUUUGAUCGCCAUGCUAACUGCAGCAUCCGCUCAGUCGCGAGCACAGGCCGAUUUUGUAUCAGCUCACCUUUAUUGGAAGACAUUGCAGCAACUGAACGCUCUUAGCUCGGAAUCUUUGAGGCGGAACGGAUUCGCCAUUCUCUUGAACAUCUUCUCCCGCGGUCCACGAGACUCCAUUCGCCGCUGUGCAUCUGCCAUUGAAGAAUACGAUGCCUGGCUCGUCUGGUUGAAGCAGAGCCAGGAACGACAUGAGGGCCUUAUUGAAGCCAUGUCGAAGAGAUUGCGUGCACUUCGCGAUAAGAUGUGGUAUGUAACUGAUGUCCGCAACUCUGCGCCGUAUGAACAGAGUCGCAAUAUCUGCGCUGCUCUCAAGACUAUGGGCAUGCCACGCCGAUACAACUCAUACCAAAGGAACCGUGCGCAUCUAGCCAGAGCACCUGCAUCCAGCUACUUAUAUCGCACUGAGACUCAAAUCAUGGACCUUCUCGCGGCCUCGGAAGAUCAGGGUGGACCUAACAAGCUAAGUGACGAUCAAGCGGACAAAACGUCUCGCUGGCUUCAGCAGGCAGGCGUCGAGAACUUCUGUUGCGGCGAGGAACGAAUUCACAGAUUCUGCUGCGAAGUGGACACGUGCAUUUCCAAGCUGAUUGGCGAGUCAAUUAUGGAUGGGCCUGUCCUUUGGUCGAGCGAGCUAUACCAACGCGACAGACGCAAUCUGGAAACCAGCAGGAACCCUCGUGACAACAGAGACCAUCAUUGGGACGACAGUGCCAGUGUCAUGAGUGACCCAGAGCGGAGGUUCAUGUCCACCGGCAGACCUAACUCUGUCCGGGAUCUGCGAGCCAUGUCGGCCCAUAACUCCAGCCAGCAGUCGUUUGAUUCUGGCAGCUACCGUUUCUCAAGGGCAAGCACCGUCUUGUCUGACAUAGUUGAUGGGCCGGAUUACUUUGGUGUCUCAUCUCCUGUCCACACAAUCGAUUCUAGUUCCACAUUCUGGUCACCUUUCCAGUCGGCGAUUUCUCCAAGCUCGGCGACAUCUCGCGCGCAGUCUCCCACGACAAGCAUGACGAACCUUUCUAGUUCAUUCCAGCAUCAUCAAUCACUCGCCUCACAUGCCAGCCAUUCCACUGGACGACCAGGCACCUCGGCCUCGUCCAAUGAGACAGUUUAUCAACAGCGCCUCUCUGAAGAAAAGACUCGAUUUCUCAAUGAGCUGCGUCAGACCUUGGUUAGUUUGUUACUCUCUGACCUAGGUACGCUUGUAUUCGCGCGCGGUUCAGAGACAGACGAUUGGUUUUCGACGCUGGGCCAAGAAUGUAUUGACAGGCGUGACGCUCUUGACAGGCGGGCGCGAAGAAUGGGCAAAUCGGGCAAGAUAUCUCUGAAGCCUCGAGUCAUUGAGAAGAAAAAGAGCUUUGGCAAUUUGCGAGGCGCUGGCGAGACUGACAGAAACUCCGAGACGACGGAGACUGGUAGCACCCCCGGGAAUGACGGCUCGACAGCAACGAACGAUACUGUCGCCAGUCGACCCAAACAGCCCGCCAAGGAAUCAACUCCCGAAUUUCCCUUCAAGAAGGCAUUCCAGAGACUGCUACGCAUGUUUAGCGUUCAUCCCGAUCCGCACGCCAAAUUGAGCGCUCUUCAUGAACUUGAACAACUAAUCGUGGCUUCCUUAGCCAGUGGCUCAAAGAGGUCAAGGCUUGGAUGGACCAGAUCGGAGUUCAUGUCACCUGUUGUGGACGAGUCAACCGGGAAUGGUCGCUCAAAUCCUCUGGAAGAGGUGAUUGAUAACGUUAGGGAAAGGCGGUCACAUGCACUUCAGCAGUCCCCUCUCACUUCGCCACCAGCCGUUGGUGGCCAGAUGCGACCAGGCGCCUCGGAUGCCCGAGCGAUUGCUGCAAACAGCCAAACGACCAAGGACGCGAUCACCAACGUGCUGCGAACUCUUUUCCGGGACUUGUCAAUCCGUCCCAAGACGCUCUUCCGCGACUUGCAAUUCAUUGCUGCCUUUGUUAAUCCGUCAGUUUUGGACAAUACAGAUAAAGGCACGGCGUUUUGGGAUACUGGACUGGCUGCAUUGGGCCUUAAGCAAGAAGUAUGCCGUACCAUGAUUGAAGUUGCGGAUGAAGUCCAGGGCGUGUACACGAAUACUCGAAAAACCACCAACGACACGCAAAUGCACGACACCGAGCGGCUGGAUUCCGACUCGCCUCCUCCUGUUACGACAGCUUAUAGCUUGGCGCAAGCAGGAAAGAUGUGGACCAUCACAGCCAAGGAGGGUCUGCCGACCGCUCAACGAGAGCUGGCCAUCUUCUACUUAUCUAACCCUGAGCUUGUGGAGCGUACCACACUCCCUCUUUCAAAACCUCGCGAGGUCUUCAAACAAGCCGUCAUGGAUAAGUAUGCUGGCACCUCAGGUCGUAGCGGACCAGGUGCUAGCAGACUUUACGCUGCGGAUAGGAGUCGUACCUCCACUGGUUCCUCUGGUCUUGGCUCUGUUGGCGCUCAACAUCCAGGUCAAGAUGCAGGCUCCAAGGAUGGAGACGUCCGCAACGACCCUGCCCUCAUGUGCGUAGCCGUUCAUUUCUUCCAGGCUGCUGAACAAGGUGGUGACGAGCUUGCCACUUCGUUCCUCCGCCAGAACGAGUUCAACGCCAUGGCGUAA